AUGAUCUUGCAAUUGCAGGACUUUGCUACAUUGAUUGACAAAGCCACCGUGGCAGAGGAGAGUUUGCUGGAGGACAUAGAUGUUCAAGUCCCGAUGAAGAGGCCAGCGCUUCCCAGUUCUUCGUCUGGGGCGAGACAAGGGAUAGACUGGUUUUUGGCCAGUUAUGCCAGUAUUGAUUGCCACAAGAGGGAGGUGUUGUUCACACCGCUUGGGGAGCAGGAAUUUAAAUUCCUAGGGUCAUGUGUGCGUUCGACACCACGGAUCCUUUCAGCUAUGCUGGCUAAGAGGUUACUCAUGAAGGGAUGCCAGGGGUAUCUAGCAUUGGUGAAAGACGCGUUGGUCGAAGAAAGUAAACUAGAGCUGAUUGCUAUAGUGUAUGAGUUCCCUGACGUGUUUCCAAAGGACUUGCCAGGAUUAUCUCAGGACCGUGAAGUGGAAUUUUCUAUAGAGUUAGCUCCAGGAAAGGCUAACGUGGUAGCUGAUGCUCUAAGUCGGAAGUCUGUUGAUGCACCAGUCUCAACGGUGGGAGUUCAGCAGCAGAUCUGUAUGGACCUUGAAAGGUUAGUCUUGGAAACGGUGGAAGGAAAUCAUCAAGUUGUUCUUGCCAACUUGGUGGUGCAGCCAACUUUGCAGGAGAGGAUACGAGUAGCAUAG